AUGGCUCUCAAUGUACCAGGUCUGAUAAUGAUGGUAGCGUUCUACCUGCUUGUGUUGGGAAUCGGCAUCUGGGCAUCUGUAAAAUCUAAGAGGUUGGAGCAAAACACACAAGGUGGACGGGUAGAGAUUUCUUUUUUGGCUAACCGGAGUGUCAGCUUGGUUAUGGGAGUCUUUACAAUGACAGCUACCUGGGUCGGAGGUGGCUUUAUCAUUGGAAUUGCAGAGUCAGUUUAUGACCCCACCAGGGGUCUAGUCUGGGCUCUUCUGCCUCUGCAACUAUCUGUUUCCUUUGUCAUCGGUGGACUGUUUUUUGCAAAGCCAAUGAGGGAGAACAAUUACAUCAGUAUGAUGGAUCCAUCUCAGAGGAAGUAUGGAAAAGCACUGACUGCGGCUCUCGCUGUCGUUCCAGUCAUAAUUGAAGUUGUCUGCAUUACUACAACUCUUUUGUCCUUGGGAGCAACCAUGAGUGUGGUUUUAGAUCUGCCCUUCAGUGUUUGUGUUUGGAUCUCUGCUGCAGUGGCGAUCAUCUACACGAGUCUUGGAGGUCUCUACUCAGUUGCUUACACUGAUGUUAUCCAGAUAUCACUGGUGCUUCUCAGCUUGUGGCUGUGGGUCCCCUUUGCUCUGACAAGUGGCGUUUAUACUGACAUCACUACAACAGCAUGGAACCACACAUAUCAGGCCCCCUGGCUUGGCCACCUUGAGUCUGAUGAAAUCGGGAGAUGGAUUGAUGAUUUUUUAGUGCUGACUAUGGGCAAUAUGGCCAUUCAGGAUUUCCAUCAAAGGACUCUCUCCUCCAGCUCCACAUCCACAGCCAGAAUCAUUUGUUUUAUGGCGGCAGUAGCCGUGAUCAUUGCUGGAAUCCCAUCCGUGCUGAUUGGAGCUGUUGCAGCUUCAACAGACUGGAACUCCACCUCAUAUGGUUCUCCUUCUCCAUAUGAACGAGGAGAGGCGGCCAUGGUGUUGCCCAUCAUCCUUCAGAAUUUAACCCCAAGCUACAUUUCUGCUUUUGGCAUCGGAGUUAUUGCUGCCGCAGUGAUGUCAUCUGCUGACUCUAACAUUUUGUCUGCAACCACCAUCUUCACCACCAACAUCUACCAGACCAUCAGGAGUCAGGCAUCGGAUAAAGAGCUACAGUGGGUGAUUCGUCUCUCCAUAGUGGUUGCAGGGAUUGUGGGAACAUCCCUCACCUCCCUCGGCAACAGUGUGAUGGUGUUUUGGAUCCUGAGCACAGACCUGGCUUACACCAUUAUAUUUCCCCAACUUAUCUGCGUCCUCUUCACAGAGGUAUCCAACUGUUAUGGGGCGAUCGCAGGCUACCUUGUUGCAGUGGUAAUGAGACUGUUGUGUGGAGAGCCGAUGUUCGGUCUUCCUGUGAUCCUUAAAUUCCCAGGUUGCACUUUAGAGGAUGGUGUUUACAUUCAGCGCUCUCCUGUCAAGACCAUAUGCAUGUUGUGUGCGCUGGUCUCCAUUCUCAUGUUUUCAUAUGUGGCCUCACUCCUGUUUAACAAGGGGAUUCUUCCUGGGAGGUGGGAUGUGUUCAAAGUAAAGUCCCAGGGAGCACCAGCAGAUGGUGCCAAAGAGGUUGACUUUAAAAAUGAAGAGGACACAGUGGCUUCUGCACCGAUGCUCGAUACAGGAUGCUAG